AUGAAGGCAUACGAAGAGGAUCUGCUCUUCCCCGAUCGUAUCCUACCCAUCGAACCAUCUGAGCUCGAUUCCUUACCAGAAAACUGGAGGAACCGAGAACCUUUGCGUCGUUUCAGUCAUCGAUGCGAAAACGUUCCUUUCCGUGAGGACCUUUCCUUCGAGCUCUCACACACCUUUGAGUAUCUCGGUCGGGCCCAUCUUAUUCUCUACGACAGCAGUCCAUAUCACGGUCGUCUGUUGCUGUCGAAGGGCGGCCUCUACUUUCUGCACAAUGCCGACAGCGAAGCGAGAUGCUUCUUGGUGUUUCCCGGGGGCACAACGUUGGACAGCAUCCUAGCAUGUAUACGUGAAUCCCCCGAUGCCGAUUUCUCUGCGCUGCAGCCCGUGGACGUCUCCAUGCGUUGUUGGUCUUCGAAUGAUACAGAGGACACGAUGAGCUAUUAUACAGUAGCUGAGCGACGUGAUCACUACAGAAACCGUUUCCAGGACAUGCGCUGUAGGGGCGGACAUCCUUCGAUGUGGCUCACUAAUGGAGCGUGGCUUGCGGACUCCGAGGAGAUGGACGAGUUGGGAUACGACGACGAUGAUCGCUGGAAAGAACUGGUUCCUGCGCUGCCCGCGCUUAAAACCAAGGAUCCUCAGUAA